AUGCUGAGAUUCGUCCUGCUGAUCGUCCUCGCCAGCCUCGUUCUGGCUGAGAUGCCCCAGAUUGUGCCCAGGUACCUGGAGGAUGGUGCUGAGGAGAGGGUGGUGGGUGGUGAGGUGGCCCAUCGCGGCUCCUGGCCCUGGCAGAUCUCUCUCCAGUACAAGUCUGGAAACGGCUACAGGCACACCUGUGGAGGCACUCUGGUCCAAAGGGGUUGGGUGAUGACCGCUGCCCAUUGUGUGGACACCCCAAGAACCUGGCGCGUUGUGCUCGGAGACAACGACUUCAACACAAAUGCCGGCACAGAACAGGUCCGUGAGGUCAGCGAAGUGUUCAGCCACUCCAACUGGGACUCCAGCAAUGUCGCUGCUGGGUAUGACAUUGCCCUGCUGCGUCUGUCUAAGGAUGCCACCCUGAACCCCUACGUGUUGCUCGGCGCCCUCCCUACCCCUGACGAGGUUCUGCCCCAUGACCACCCCUGCCACAUCACCGGGUGGGGCCUCACCGCAACCGGUGGUGAGAUCUCAACCCAGCUGAAGCAGGCCUUCCUGCCCGUGGUUGACCAUGAGACCUGCUCCAGUGGCAGCUGGUGGGGCAGCACUGUGCAGGACACCAUGGUGUGCGCUGGAGGCGGCAGCGACACUGGGUGCAACGGAGACUCUGGCGGCCCCCUGAACUGUAAGGUUGAGGGCAAGUAUGUGGUCCACGGUGUGGCCAGCUUCGUGUCCUCCCAGGGAUGCAAUACUGAGAUGAAGCCCACUGUUUUCACCCGUGUGUCUGCUUAUCUGGGCUGGAUGGAGCAGGUGUUGUCCCAAGAAGCGCUGAGCUUCUUGGAGGAUUUGGCUGAGCGUGAUGUGGGAGGUGAGGUGGCCCUGCCUCACUCCUGGCCCUGGCAGGCCAGUGUGCAGGUGUCUAAUCCCCGCGGCUCCCCCUUCAAACACAUGUGCGGUGGUGUUGUGCUCAACAAGAAGUGGAUCCUGACUGCAGCACACUGUGUGGAGACUGACGAGCUGCGACGCAUUGUUCUCGGUGACCACAACCUCACAGACUACGGAGGCCAGGAGAUAUACAAGACGGUUGGCCAGGUCUACCUCCACCCUGAGUGGAACUCCACACGAGUGGAUGACGGGUGUGACAUCGCGCUGCUGAGGCUGCACACGGAUGCCGCCAUCAAUAAGUACGUCCAGCCUGCCACUCUGCCCAAACCUGGAGACGAGCUUUCAAAGAAGACCACCUGCUACGUCACAGGCUGGGGGAUGACCAAGGCCUCUGGUGAGAUGUCCAUGCUCUUGAAGCAGGUCUACUUGCCUCUGGUGGACUCUAAGAAGUGCAGCAGCAAAGACUACUGGGGGACAACAGUCAAAGACACCAUGGUCUGCGCUGGAGAGGGAGACAGCGCCAACUGCCAGGGCGACUCUGGUGGCCCUCUGAACUGCGUGGUGAACGGGCGGCCUGUGGUCUACGGCAUCACCAGCUUCGUGUCCGCUAGAGGCUGCAGCCAGCCCACCAAGCCCACCGUCUUCACCCACGUGUCGGCCUUCAGCGAGUGGAUUGAGAGCGUAAGACAACGCACACAGAGAUGCUUAUGUGGCAAAUGCAUGGAUGAUCUUGUGCUGUGA